GUAAAAUUAUGGAUAUAAAAUAGCCAACAUUCCCGAAGCUUCGGUAGAACUUUGGUCGAAAUCAUCUGUAACUAAGCAAGCCAAGAACUCCUUCCAGGAUGAAGUUGAAAAAUAUCUUCUCGCUUGCCCUAAUCUCGACCUGUACGCAAGCAUGCGAGACGUUGCUACCCUGUCUGAAGGCUGGUCUCUCCAGUGCUGCCACCAUCUCAUUUAAAGACCAAUCAACAUUUCUUAACGAAAGUAUUCGAUAUGCAGCGCUAUAUCCCCCAUCCUUUUCUGCUGUGGUCAAAGUCGCUUCUGCGGAGGACAUUGCUGUGGCGAUCAAAUGUGCCGCCCGCACGAAUACAUCGUUCCUCGCCACAUCUGCUCGGCACGGCUUCUCGACUACCCUCACCAGCAUUCAAAACGGCCUAGAGAUUGACACUUCUUAUCUUAACAAAAUUCAAGUUGACGCUGACGCGAACGAGCUGAUCGUUGAAGGUGCUGUUAUUUUCCAGGAUGCCGUUGACGAUUUGUAUACGGCGGGAAAAGAGAUCUCCACUGGGUCAUGCUUCUGCGUUGGCUUUGUCGGUGCUACAUUGGGAGGUGGCGUGGGCAGGCUGUCGGGCGUCCACGGACUAAUGAUAGACUCGUUGCUUUCGGUUCGCAUCAUGCUUCCCAAUACCACCAUCGUCGAGGCUUCGACAGAUCAAAAUCCAGAGCUUUUCUGGGGUCUUCGCGGUGCUGGGUUUAAUUUUGGCGUUAUCCUUAAUGCAACAUACCGAAUCUACGACCAGACACCGCAAGGCCUUCACCUGAAUGCGGACUUUAAGUUUCCCAUCUCUCAGGCUGCGUCGUACUAUGGUAACUUGAGUGAGGUUGCGAAAGCCCAGCCUGCACCAUUGGCGAUUAUAACUUACUUUAACUUCGAUCCCGGGCUGAAUGAGACGGUUAUCACGGCCAAUGCGGUAUAUGCUGGUCCCGAAAGUGAAGGCCUUGCUGCAGUACAGUUCCUCGUUGAUCAGAACCCUAUUCAGAAGAAUCUUACCAUGGUUCCUUGGAACCAACUGCUCACGGCAAGCGCGUUCGGCGCAACCGGUCCUCCGUUGUGCAUCAAGGGCGACCGUCGCGCUCAAUGGGGUGUUGGUGUCGAGCGUUUGGAUGUGGAAACAUAUUCACAGGUGGCAGAAAAAUUUGUGGAGAUGAUUACUAAAUAUCCUGCCUCCAAAGGAUCCGUCGUCGAUAUGCAGCUGCUUCCCACUCAAGCAGUAGUCGCACAGCCGGAUGAUUCCACAGCCUAUCCGUGGCGGAACUUGAUUUCGCACAUAAACAUCCAGACGUUAUACACUGACAACACAACUGACGAUGAAACCACUGGUUAUCCCCGCCUCAUGCGCGACAUGCUGGCAAAGACGGCAGGUACCGACGAUCUACAAGUGUACGUGAGUUAUUCACACGGAGAUGAAAGCCUGGAAUCGUUGUUUGGUGCUCACAAACUUCCUCGGCUGGCGGCAUUGAAAAAGGAGAUUGAUCCGCAUGGAUUGUUCAACGCAUAUCAUCCACUACCCACCCAGUAUCCGUGAAACUCAAAACCAAGACAAACUUACUGUAUAUAUUAAAGCUCGUAUGCAGAGUCAGUAAGACAUCGUCGUUGCAAGGCGG